AUGAGUGUUGCAUCUUCUUCUGCUGUCCAAGCAUCACGGCAGACAUCUGGAGAGAGUACUGAUAACCAGCGUUCACCAAAACAAAACACACAGAACACAACAUACUACCAGACAAACAACUACAGCUCAUCAAGCUGCAGUGAAAGUAGCUCCCUUUCUUCUCCUUCGCUCUCUACAUCCCCAAUCCAACAAAACGUACAGAACUACGCUAUGCAGAACAUGAACUUUGCAGAGCAAAUCGUUCAAGCUUCUAACGUAGUUCAAUCUUACGAAGAUUCUGCCUUCCCAUUCGCUUUUAACGAAGAAGAAGACCUCUUCAACUCCUUCAACUUUGAAGAGUCUCUCGCUUUUUAA